UAUACGAUAAACCUUUUGUCGUUCAUCCCAAUUGAAAUUCAAAAAUGAAGUCAGUGCAGGUGGCUGCUGCUUUCCUUCUGCUCCUGUUUUCUGGGCAUUCACUAGCACAUACGGUUACAUUUUUUGUACACAACAAAUGCCCCUUCCCUAUAUGGCCAGCAACUGCCCCCAACACCGGCCAUCCAGUGAUAGCAGACGGUGGAUUCUAUCUUCCGCCGGGCCAGACACAGCGCAUUGAGGCCCCCUGGACAUGGAACGGGCGGAUUUGGGCAAGGACAGGCUGCAGCUUCAACUCCAACUGGCAACCAGCUUGUGAAACUGGUGACUGUGAUGGGAGGCUCCAAUGCAAUGGACUAAUAGGCACACCUCCAGCCACAUUAGUCCAAAUUGCACUACAAGGAGACAAAGGCAAGCCAAAUUUCUACGAUGUUAGCCUGGUUGAUGGCUACAACCUGCCUGUUUCAGUUGCUACACGACCAUCUUUGCCCAAGUGCACCAUCGGAAGCUGCCCCAAGAAUUUGAACAACUUGUGCCCACCAGAACUUGAAGCCCUUAACAGGAAUGGGGAAGUUGUUGCUUGCAAAAGUGCUUGCUUGGCUUUCAAUCUUGACUCAUUUUGUUGCAGAAAUGAGUAUGGGACCCCUGAAAAAUGCAAACCAAGCGUAUACUCAAAGAUGUUUAAGGAUGCUUGUCCUUCUUAUUAUAGCUAUGCCUUUGACAUGCCUCCACCUCUGGUGAAUUGUGCAUCAAAAGAGUAUGUAAUAACUUUCUGCCCUUCAGCUUGGGGUGCUGGUCAGGCUUCCAUAUAGAGUUUUUUACUUUUAAAUAACCAGCUGUUGUCAUUUGAUUUCAAAACCAUAUUUCGAUUGUUUUUCUAAUAAGAAUUUUUAUAUAUACAUCA